CUUAAACAUUAAAUCGAUUCUUUAUUAAGAAUAAAGAUAGUCAACUCUAUUUCCGGUCACCAUCUUUUGGUUUUACUUGUUGUCGUUGUCAGAUCGGCUGUAUUUGUAAAAAGCCGUAACCAUGGGUCGUAUGCACGCACCUGGUAAGGGUAUUUCCCAGUCGGCCUUGCCGUACCGUCGCAGUGUGCCAACCUGGCUGAAACUGACCGCUGAUGAUGUCAAGGAACAAAUAUACAAACUCGGUAAAAAGGGCCUCACUCCCUCCCAAAUUGGUGUCAUGCUCAGGGAUUCUCAUGGAGUGGCCCAAGUCAGAUUUGUCACAGGCAAAAAAAUCCUCAGAAUCAUGAAAGCCAUGGGUCUUGCUCCAGAUCUACCAGAAGAUCUAUACUACUUGAUCAAGAAGGCUGUAGCCAUGAGGAAACAUUUGGAACGCAACAGGAAAGAUAAGGACAGCAAAUUUAGGCUGAUUCUUGUUGAGUCGAGGAUCCACAGGCUAGCCCGCUACUAUAAAACAAAGAGUGUGCUCCCUCCCAAUUGGAAGUAUGAAUCGAGCACCGCCUCAGCCCUCGUGGCUUAAGUUUAAAUAAAACUAAUCUGAAACUA